AUUUUCUUGUUGGAUGAACACCCAACAUUAAUCCACUUUGAUAAUAAUAAUUAAAUUAGGACAAAAAUUUGUGUAAUUACUUCGAGUGUGAUAUAUUUGUGAUACUAUAAAGUUGAUUUAAUGAUAUAUGUUCAUGAAAAGUCGACGGUAGUGAUUAAUUAAUAGUGAGAAGCUUUUAGUGAAUGAGCAGCCCAAAUGGUAGCCCGUGAGCGAACAACACCGACGCGACUGGAAUUUACAUAACUCAACGUGGAAACUCGGCGCCAGCAAGAGAGAUACAUAAAUUCGUGAAUUUAGUUGUCGUAUUUGCAUUACAUUAACAUCGAAGCAUUUGAAAAAAAUGAGAAAAUAAAACACGACAAAAAUAGAACUUCAGAAAAAAGAAUAUAAACAGAGGCACGAUACAUCAGCGCAGUACAUUUCGCUAAAAUAACAAGCGGGCCCUGGACAAAGUUAAUUCAGUUUAGGGAUAUAAAAGUUACGUGCAGAGGAUUUUCGGAGAAUACUAAUAACCAUGCAGACUUCUGCGCUCCUUUUCGGUGUCACGCUCAUUAUGGGCGCUUGGCAUGCAAACGCCGAAUACAAAAUCGGUGUCGGUAUUGCCGACGUGACUGGACCACCUGCUGAAGUCAUUUUCAUGGGUUAUGCGAAAUUGACGCAAAAAGGCGAAGGUUUACACCUGCGUCAAUUUGCUCGCGCUUUCAUAAUCGAUGAUGGUAUAUCCCGCUUAACAUUUGUUUCCGCCGACAUCGGAAUGAUGGGUCACGCUUUGCGGCGUGUAAUCCUGCGUCAACUCCAAGAAAAGUACGGGGAUUUACUAUACAACGAACAUAAUGUCAUCUUGAGUGGAACUCACACUCACGGUGGACCCGGGGGAUACCUCAUGGAUGUCGUUUUUGAUAUUACUUGCUUGGGUUUCGUACAGGAAACGUUUGAUGCGAUUGUGGAUGGUAUUGUCAAAGCAAUUGAAAAUGCUCAUAACAAAAUGGUUGAUGGUGAGAUUUAUUAUGAUGUUGGUCAGGUCCUGGAUGCUAAUAUUAAUAGAAGUCCAUCAGCGUACGAUCAAAACCCGGAAGAAGAAAAAGCUGAAUAUGAACAUAAUGUUGAUAAAGAACUAUACCAGCUAAAAUUCAAAACCAAAGAUGGUAAGCCAAUCGGCGUGAUUAACUGGUUUGCAGUGCAUCCAACUUCAAUGAACAACACUAAUCAUUUGGUGACAUCCGAUAAUGUUGGUUACGCUGCAAUUUUGUUUGAGGAUAGUAUGAACAAUGGCGCACUUCCAGGACGGGGUGAAUUUGUGGCUGCGUUUGCUUCGGCUAAUUUGGGAGAUGUGUCCCCGAACAUUAAGGGAGCAAAGUGCAUCAAUACUGGGGAAAAUUGCGACCGCAAUACAAGCACUUGCGGCGGAUUAGCUACUUAUUGCAUUGCCUCCGGACCCGGAAAUGAUAUCUAUGAGAGUACAAGCAUAAUUGCCAACAGAAUAUUUGCAGAAGCAAUGAAUGUUUUUGCUUCAACCGGACGUAAAAUAAGCGGGCCUAUUAAGUCCAUUCAUCAAUUCGUCAAUAUGCCGGAGCAAACAGUGGAAAUCACUGAUGAUUUAGGUCAAAAACAAACGGUCAAGGGAUGUGUACCGGCUAUGGGUUACAGUUUUGCUGCGGGCACUACCGACGGUCCUGGUGAAUUUGAUUUCCAACAGGGCACCGUGACUUCCAAUGAGUUUUGGAACUUGGUUCGGGACUUUCUCCAGCAGCCUGAACCUGAUGAUAUUGAGUGUCAUGCACCUAAGCCAAUUCUACUAGCAACUGGAAGAAUGAAGUUACCUUAUGAUUGGCAGCCAUCAAUUUUAUCGACACAAGUUGCAAUGAUUGGUGAUUUAGUAAUUGCCGCCAUUCCGGGCGAGUUUACAACAAUGUCCGGUCGACGCAUGCGUAAAGCACUCAAUCAGGUGGCGAAGGAAGUUUCCGGAGUAGACGCUACGGUCAUUAUCGCUGGAUUGAGCAAUACCUAUACUGAUUAUAUCACAACAUUUGAAGAAUAUCAAGUUCAACGUUAUGAAGGUGCUUCAACAAUUUACGGACCACACACUCUGUCCAUUCAUAUGCAACAGUAUAGGAAGCUUUUAAAAGCUCUCCUCACGGGUGAAUCAAUUCCGGAGGGACCGGUCCCGGAAGAUGCCACCGACAAGCAGAUAUCUUUCGUCACCCCGGUGAUACUAGAUCUCCCCGAGAUUAAAAGACACUUUGGCGACUGCCUCGUCCAGCCUCAGAAUGAAUAUCACAUAGGCGACACUGUUACUGUCCAAUUUAUGUCGGGUCAUCCUAGGAAUAACUUGAGGCACGGCGGAAGUUACUUGCACGUUGAGAGGCAGACGGAAGAUGGGUGGGAAGUGGUCGCGACCGACGCCAGCUGGGACACGAGGCAAUUAACUUUAAUGUUUUGGUGGAAACGUACAUUCCUGGCGUCGAGCCGCGUGACAAUCUACUGGCAUAUUACCGAACGCUACACUCCCGGAAUUUACCGUAUCAGCCACAUGGGUCAUAGCAAGUCUCCAAUCAACGGCAUUGUGCCUUAUGAGGGUAGUUCCAAACCCUUCGCCGUUUUCACGUCGAAUCGCAUUUAUCGGCGUUUUUAGAACUAUAAAAUAUUAUCUUGCGCAACAACAUAGGUAGUAAAUUCCAAUUGUGUUUCAAAAUUAUAUACCAAAAUAUUUUGGUAAUUUUAAACUACCAAAGGGAUGAAAUUAAUAUUUUAUUAUGUCUAUGAAAUAUUUUUCAAAGAUUUUUGUGAAUCUUGCCAGUUAAAUAUAAAAAUAAAGCAAAUACAAGAAAUUUUAA